AUGAAUGCCAAUGGGUCAUCGUCAUUCGGCACCGGCUACAGUUGGUCGUCGUCGAAGUCCUUCGGUGGCGAUGGGUCGGCAUCGGCUGGCGCUGGUGGGUCCGGAUAUCAAGGAGGAGUUGAUGAUCGGAGAUUUGAGUACGGCGCCCGACGGUGUGUCAGAUAUCGGUAUGGCGGCCAAUCAUACAGUGGAGGCAGCGGCAGAGGCGGUGGAGAUUCCAAUCACUUUAAGGUUGCAACCAGAGGUUGGACUGGGCGUGUAGGGGGUGGCGAUGCGGGUGGUGGAAAAGGUGGCAGUACUAUUCAUCGUCAAGAAGCUAACAAAGGUGGUUUGGAGUAA